GACGCCUCCGCUCGCGUCCGCCUGCACUCGCUUUCGGCGUCGCGACGUUCUCAGUUGAUCCGCAGCAUUCGCUCGCUCCGGUCCAGUGCACCUCUAGAACCUGCCUAAAUUUUCAAACACGGAAACGAAGUCGCAAACAAAUUUACAAUUUCUCUUUUCACACUCAUAAAAACAAACCCAAAGAAAAGUACGAUUUCCUCACGAAAGACACUACAGCUAAACAAAACCCAAUUGCUAACACCAAAACAAAUUUAUUAAAGCAAACUGAAAAUUGUUAAAUUUCAAACCUCCUUCCCUUUACUUUUAUUUGCACGCGCGUUUCACGAGGAGAUCCUGUGCGCUUUUUUGUUAAUACGAGUAGACCCAUAAUAUUUCUAUUGUUGUUUGUUGUUGCACGAGUAAAAUGCACGUCGAUUAAGUUCCGGCCCAUCGAAAGUCAUAGCAAAGUUGUUUGUUGUUUUUUUAAUUUCUGUUGAGACGCCGGCAUCUGGUUUUCUUCAGUUCUCUUAGAAACUGUUGUGGAUUAGUUAUUAAAUAAUGUCGUCGGAGAAUUACACGGACUCCGUGGAGAUAACCAAGUACACGGAGGUGAAGACCGUGUUCUACCUCUUGUACGGGAUGAUCUUCUUCUUGGGACUCUUCGGGAAUAUCCUGGUAUGCUACGUAGUGUACUCCAACAAGGCCAUGCAGACUGUAACAAACCUAUUUAUUACCAAUCUGGCGUUAUCCGAUAUACUGCUGUGCGUCCUCGGCAUCCCAUUCACCUCGAUCUAUACGCUGUACGAGGAGUGGCUCUUCGGGCAGGUCAUAUGCCAUUUAGUUCUGUAUGCUCAAGGGACAAGUGUCUACGUGUCGACAUUAACACUAACGGCGAUCGCAGUGGAUAGGUUCUUCGUAAUCCUUUACCCCUUGAGGCAGAGAAUGAGGUUGAAGACUUGCUUGGGGAUAUUGCUAGGUAUAUGGUUAUUCUCCAUGUCCAUCACAAUACCUUAUGGAAUUUGCGUGAACUACUUCACUGAAAACAAUGUGAGUUUCUGCGAGGAAAACUGGACUCACAGUUACUCAGCAACAGCUUUCAGCCUGUUCACUUUGACUUUACAAUUCGCCAUACCGUUCAUCGUGAUUGCUUACUGCUAUUUGAGGAUCUCCAGAAGGCUCAACCAAAGGGCAAAAUCUAAGCCGGGCUCGAAGAGCGCUCGAAGAGAGGAAGCCGAUAAGGAAAAGAAACGCAGAACCAACAGAAUGUUGAUAGCCAUGGUUGCCAUAUUCGGGAUUUGCUGGUUCCCUUUGAACGUGAUAAACCUAGUCAAUGAUUUCAACAAGGUCGAGCAACAUUUCCACUUGUUCUUCCUCAUUUCCUACUGUAUGGCCGUUUCGUCCACUUGUUACAAUCCUUUCCUGUACGCCUGGCUGAACGAGAAUUUCCGCAAGGAGUUUAAACAAGUACUGCCCUGCGCCAUACCUUCCAACCGUUACACAAAUAGAGAUGAACACACUCUGGACACGCUAUUGCAUUCGAGUGUUUUCACAUCACCGGCCAAACACCUAGAACCAAGGGAACCAAUCGCUGAGCGAAUCCCACAGACACAAGAAUUCAAUUUGUAAAUUAACACGUCCAGCGGUGUCUUUCUAGAAGAAAUACAUAUUGUUUUCUAAUUGAAAUACAAAGAAAAAUAUAUUAAUAAUUGUUAAAAAAAAGUAAAAG